AUGAACCACGGCACCAAAACGCCCAAGUGCGAGCCAAGCUCCUCGGAACCCGCCUCCCCAGAGGCGUCGACACACGGUUGCAGCACGCAGCAGCAACCUCCAUUCAGCUACCCCACAAUCUACGGCCCAAUAGAAGACGACCUCACAGCAGCAAUGCGCGGCCUAUACGGGCCCUACAACGCAGACCCCCAAACGGUCUACCCAGGCGAGCAACCAGACCCGCCAGGGCCCUUCGGCAUCCCCUACAACCUCUCCGCCCGUCAAGCCUUUUCACCAGAAACCCCCACCGAGCGCGGGCGCGGGCGCUACCAAGUGCCCCUAGCCGCACGCACGCGAGAUCCAGCCAGAGCAUUCACAGGACGAUGCACAGCGCGUCGUAUCGUCCUGGACGAAAACCUUACAUCUAACCGCACCAACGCCAACACCAUGGACCCAUCCCUAGCGCCGCGAACCCCAGAACCAGACGUCCCCCUUGGGCAAGAGAAUAUCCCGCCCAGCACACCUGAAUGCACACCGUUCGCGGAGUUCUACGUGGCACCCGCGCCAGGACCGCAGGUUCUACCGACGUCGUGGGGGGUAGAUCCACACUACCCGGCAGCGUCGUCGGUAUACUCAGCGUCAGAUCAACGGUGGAGAGGGGAUUCGUCGGAUGAAUGGGGCGGGACGACGUUGGUGGGGUCGAAUUGGUCGUUUGAGCGGAACCAGGGAUCCGAGACCUUGGACUUAGGGGAGGGAGCGCGGGGGUCGCGUGCGCCGCCAUGGGCGUACUGUGGGCCUGUCAGGACGGGGCAGGAGGAUGCUAGUAGCGAUGGGACGGUAGACCAUGACGAGAAAGAUGAUGGUGAAGAUAGGGGCGCCGGUGCGUAUGGGUUUCCGGAGCAGGGGCAGGAUUAUGGCCCGCUUUACCCGGAGCUAAAUCCGGAGCCUAUGGAUGAGGAACACCAUGGGUUGCCCGGAGAUGAAGAGACAGUUGUUGGGGAUUCGGGGUCCGAGCCAAGUCAGGGCAAAGCAGACGGCGACGAAGAAGAUAAUGGCGAUGGCGGCGGUGGUGAUGUGAGGCACGUCGAGGUCGAUGGGAACGUCUACAUCGAUCUCGAGACCGGGGUACCGCUCUCUCGGUUCGAGGAGUGCAUACGAGCGCUUCCGACUAUGCAUAUACGAGGCAACUUAUACAUCCGCACGAAGCGAAAGCAAGCCGGUUCCGUAAGCGGUGAGAAGGGCUCUGAAGAUCAAGAUGAUCAGGACGGGUAUUAUGGGGAUUCGGAAAAUUCAGAAGUGUGGGAGGAGCGACCCCCUAAACACCGUUAA